AUGGACUAUGUAAUUAGUGGAGAAGGGGAAGGGAUGGUUACUGCCGUUAAAGGAAGUAUAAUUACUCGCUAUUGUUCUAGUGUUACAACGUGUACAAAUGAUGUUACACCGUGUGGGACGGUUACUACUGUUAAAGGUUACUUUAGGGAUUUUGGAGUUGGUAAAUCCAGCAUUAUAUCACGUUUUGUGAACCAAUUUGUGGACGAAGAAUUCCCUGAUGUUGAUAGGGCUAUGCUGGGAGAUGACUCCAUCCUGCGAACCCUGGAGGUGGGCGGUCAGGGCAACUAUUCAGCAGUCAAAGUGAGAAUAUUUCACACUAAUUCCCAAGAGCGUUAUGGGGCCUUGCCCGACUCCUAUUGUAGACGGGCUGCUGGAUGUAUCAUUGUCUAUGAUAUAACUAGCAAGGUUUCAUACGAAGGGGCCAAGACGUGGGUAGAGUACAUGAAGCGUGCAGCAUCCAGAUGGGAUUUUGCUCUCCCUGUCAUGGCACUCGCUGGUAAUAAAGUGGAUUUGGAGGAUAAGAGACAAGUUACUACAGAGGUAGAAGUAAUUACUAAGAUCCCUAAAGUCAAGAAGAUAUUUAAAACUCAAUUGCAUGUAUUACCUGGAUGUUUCUUGCUGUGCUUUCUGAGAUCAAAACAACGACAAAAACCUUCAUUGAAUUAUGUCAACAAACUCAGCUCGUUCCGUUGA